UCUUCAGAGGAGAUUUGCCAUUGCCAUCCUCUAAGGCUGAGAGAAUGUGACUUGGCCAAGGUUUCCAUUGACAAGCCAUGAUUCAAACCCUGGUCUCCAAUGCUUAAACCACUACACCACACCAGAGAGCCUUUUCAUACUACUUAGUUGCCUCCAUCCAUUUGAGACUGAUGGAUAUAACUACAGAUCGCGUGGCUUGACUUUUAAGCUUCCCAUGGCCACUUUAUAUCUGAUGAAUUAAAAUCUAGAUGGGAGUUACCUUCGAAGGGCAUAUUCCCCUGGGUUUUUUUUAAUAGAGAGAGCUUUUAAACCUCAUCCCAUGUAUCUGAACCUUGCAUCAUAAAUAAAGGUCCCUCUUACAUGUUUCCAAGAAAGCUUGGGAAGCAUAAUUUAUGAAAUGUUCCCAAGAAGAUUUGCAGCUGCUGCAUCCCAUUUACUAUUAUGCCACCUGUAAUGAUCAUUGUCUCAUUACUGUCAGCAGCUCAGCCUGCAGUACAAGAUCAUUUCUCCCUGAACCACAGAGUAGAUGGGCAUUUGAUGCUUCAGCAGCAAAGGUGUGAGAGAUGUCUUCUGAUGAGCACUGGUCUCCAGUUGAGGAUGACAGCCAAGCAUCUAAGCUAGCUAGAAAAUCCAGGGAUUCUCCCUUUGUCCCCAUAGGCUUGGCAGGCUGCUUUGCUGUUGUGGCAUAUGGUCUUUACAAGCUGAAGAACAGAGGAAGCCAAAAAAUGUCAGUCCACCUCAUUCACAUGAGAGUUGCAGCACAAGGAUUUGUUGUUGGUGCAAUAACCAUUGGUGUUCUGUAUUCUAUGUACACAGAUUACAUCAAAAAUCCAGUCACAAAAAAAUGAUCCAUCUCAUGGAAGCAUGAAGAUUAAAGCAUGGUAUUUCACAUCAUUUAAAAAUGUGUAUAAUGGCUUCAAACAUGUGUGUCACACAGCACUAUGAUUUCUGUACCUUUCUUAUUUAUUAAAACAACUGCGGUAUGCUUGAACGGAGCCCUGAAUUUAUGU